AUCACUGGGUGGUAAGGCGGUCCAGUUUGUAUGGGAUUUGUCACGUUGGUUUUGGUGGUUGUAUAAGUAUGGAUCCCACAAGGGUUGUUGAGGCUCUAAGCUAUACGCUCUCUGCGGAAAAGCAAGAAAAUGGAACAAAAACACUCAAUGAGAUGCAUAAGAUUAUCGGGUUCGUUCCCACCUUGAUGAAGAUAUUUAUGGAGGAUACCGUCGAUGUGGGUGUCCGACAAGCAGCUACUUUGUAUUUUAAAAACAACAUUUCUGAGUGGUGGAAGGCAACAGAUACUGAAGAUUCCACCGAGUUGAAGUUCAGUAUACAUGAACAAGAUAAACAGGUUGUAAGAGAAUCAAUAGUUGCGGCUAUUGUUUCUGCCCCAAUUCCCUUGCAGGCGCAUCUUCAGGUGGCUCUGUCAAAAAUAAUUAGAUCUGAUUUUCCUGUACGUCUUCAAGAGUUUCCUGAGCAAGUUAAGCAUUUCAUUCUAUCCAGCGAUCAUCUCCACUUGCGAGGAGCUUUAAUUUGUCUUCACUCUUUUGUUGGUACUUACACCUACAAUAAGAAUGAUGAGCCACAAGAAGUGGUUUCUGUAAUGCGAGGUUUCUUCCCAAUCUUGUAUUCAACUUUAUCAAAUCUCGUUGGAGAAGAGUCUGAAAAUUCGCACAUACUUCAAACGCUCAUCAUUAAAAUCUUCAAUGCAUUCAUCAAAUACCAUUUCCCGUUGGAUGCGAUGGAAAAAGAAUUAUUUGGACGUUGGAUUGAUAUGUUAUGCACGAUAUUAGGUAAUUUCAAAAAUACUGUUUCCGACCCAUCGGACUACGUGUGGAAGUUGAAGAAAUGGGCGAUAAGAAUACUGUACAGGAUUCUGACUCGCUAUGGCAGUCCUGGAGCUGUCGCCAAGCGAUACCAAACAUUCGCAGAGUGGUACCUCAAGUCAUUUUCGGGACAAAUAAUUCCCGUGCUUUUAAAUAUAUGUGAAGUAUACAGGCAAAAGUCGUUUGUCUCUAAACCUGUUCUAAGCCAAACAUUGGAUUACUUUUCCUCGGCAUUAGGGCAUUCAUUUUCAUGGAAGUUACUGCUGCCACAUUUCUCACUUUUGGUCCGCGAGGUUAUAUUUCCUCUGAUGUCAUAUUCAGAAGAAGAUGCAGAACUUUGGCAAGAUGAUCCAAUUGAGUAUAUUCGAGCGGAAGCAGGUGAGUGGGGCUCCUUGCCUGAUGCAGCAUCCACACUCCUUAAUCAGGCGUGUGUUAAACGCCGUGGUGUGUUAAAUAACGUUAUGCCAUUCUGUAUCCACAUACUAAGUUCUGACAGUCCACCCAUUGAGAAAGAUGCUGUUUUGCACAUGUGUACAGCGAUUGCUGAAAUUCUGUUAAAGAAAGCCGCAUACAAAUCCCAAUUAGAGUCAUUUCUUGUCGGUCAUGUACUACCAACCUUACAUGCUCCCGAAGGUUAUCGUCGUGCCAGAGCAUACAGAUUGUUGGAAAAACUAUCAGACGCGAAAUUCAGUGACCAAAACAUCCUUGCACAAGUUGUUGAUGAAGUACGUAAAGCUGCAUGCUUCGAUUCGGAGUUACCUGUCCGUGCAUUUGCUGCACUUUGUCUCUCUGAGUUAGUUAGAUCCCAGGAAACUGCUCAUCAAAUUCUGGCUCCUUACUUACAUGAACUUCUGACACGUUUACUGGAGCUUCUCCGACAGACUGAAUUCGAUGAUUUGAAUAAUGUGAUUGGAACGCUAAUACAUUCGUUUGAGAAAGAGAUGAUUCCAAUUGCUGCUGUGGUUAUGCAGAAUUUGUGUGAUACGUUCCUUCAACUUGCUCAUUCAUCUGAAAAUGGACUGUCUGGUGAAACAAAUGAAUAUGAAGACGCAGAAGGUACUUUCGAGAAUAGGUGUAUAGUUGCUACCAGCAUUUUGGACAACAUGGAGUCCAUACUGCAGGUGGCUGAAGAUCACGAAAAUGUUACUACAGAACUUGAGCCUAUUGUUGUGCGUUUAGUUCAGUGUAUAUUUGAUCGUAAUGUGAGCGAGUUUUAUGAUGAGGCACUCACAUUCGUCUUCUCGCUGACAACCAAAAAGAUAUCUCCAAUUUUGUGGCAACUUUUUGACCAAUUAUAUCCUGUAUUCAAAAGAGAUGCGUGCGAAUGCUUUUCUGAAAUAAUGCCAUGUCUGCAUAACUACGUAACAGUAGAUCAUGCGGCUUUUCUAUCCGAUCCUAAACGUAUCGAACAAGUUACAACCAUGUGCUCAGAGAUAUUUCAAAUGGAUGAUCAAGAAAGGCUACAAAUGCAUGCUGCAAAGUUAUUGGAGGUAAUUUUACUCGACUAUCGGGGUCAAAUAAACCCCUAUGUACCGAAGUAUAUUGAAAUGGCUCUUGCUCGUCUUACACGUCCACUUGUUGUAAGCGAACUGAGAACACUUUGCCUGCAGGUUGUGAUUGCCGGAUUACUUUAUUCACCUAUGGAUAUGCUCCAGAUGAUGACAGAGCAUCCGUGGCCUGGGACUGAAGCUAAUAUUCUCUCUGAAUUCUUGAAACGAUGGCUUCACGAUGCAGACUGCUUCCUUGGGUUACAUAACAGACGUAUAUGUGUUUUGGGGCUGUGUUUGUUAAUCUCCUUACCAGUUGACAAAAGAACAAAUGCAAUAAUGGCAUCUUGUAAAGAAUUUAUUCCAACAUUAUUAUUAUUAUUUUCUGGACUAAAGAAGGCAUAUGCAACGAAAGCGUCUGAUCAAAAUGAAGACGGUAAAAAGAUAAUUUCUACUACUCAUAUAUUUCGGGUAGUAUUUCGCUUUAUGUCCCGUUCUAUCAAAAUUGUUUAAUAGUUGCUAAAAGAUUACUGUACUACAUAUUAGUCAGUUCUGUUGAGGUUAUCAUUAUAUGUCUGUUUAUUACAUCAUCAGUAUAUUAUUUUAACAUAAAAUGAGAUAUUGAAGAUGUGUGUCUGUUUUUAGAUUCAUCGGAAGAAGAAUCUGAUAGCGAAGAAGAUUUAGAUGGAAAGGCAUUGGGAAGCGAUGAAGAUGAAGUGGACGAAGAAAGCGUUCGUUAUCUAGAAAUGCUAGAAGGAGAUGUAGGUAUUAUUUUGCACUGUAGUUUUAAUGAACAGGACGCAAAAAUAACUUGUUGUAAGGGAUUUUUUUAUAGUUUGCCUGUAGGUUUAUUUCUCACUAUGAAUUGAUGCUGGACAGACAAAUCAACAUAAAAGCGCACCAGUUCAGGUUACCACAAGCUGAAUGGAUCCACCAAAAUGAUAAUAUGGUUUUCUGUGCUUAAACUUCUCAGCAAGCCACUGUUUUUUGCAUAAUGGCUGCCAUAAAUAAAUCCGAUUAUGUCCAAACCUAUUUGUGAACAAUCUUACACUUGCUCACUGUGAACUCACUAAAUGUAGUUUUAAUCUCUGCCGCUACACAAGUUUAUUUAUCUCUACUUUCUUUAAGUACUGCCUUUGGCACUCGGAAACUGGAAACUUCGUCUUGUCGCAUACUUGGAGUGUGACUUGUCAACACUUGCCUACGUUUUAUUAGUAUGAGAGUAGGAUUUGGUCAAUGUGGUAGGCACUUUGAUUCCAAUCAGUGGGCUCUAGCUUGAAAGUUAUCUUCAGAUACUUCGGUCUAGACAAACGUGUAGUCAUCACUAUAAAUGCGGCUCUUAACUUAGUGCAUAAACACCGAAACCGCAUUAGGUUGUAUUAUCAGUUAUUAUUUUGUCUCUGGCUGAUUCUGUUAAUCUAUUCUUAUCAAGUUGUUAAACGGAAAAAGGUUCUAUACUUCAGGCUUCGGUUGUUUCAUUCCUUCGUAUGAUCUUUUUAUGACUUUCUAUCAUUGAUUACUUUCCUCAUUGGCUGAAGAUCGCGCUAUAUCGUGAACUAACCGAAGUAAAAAAUAUGGACCAUCAGAUUCCGAUCCAGUGGCUCAGUGGUAACGUGCUAGCCGCGGAACCUGAAGGUCGUGAGUGCGAAUUGCUAAGGAGUCUCAUACUAGGAUGAAACAGCUGUCCAGUGCUCCCAGGUUUUUAAUGUUACUACAACUGAUGUCAGUCCACGAUGAAUACUAAUCUGAAAUCAGUAAACAAUUUUGCAAAAACUUGCAAAUUGAAAUGUGAGGUCGUGUAUAUACACUUUAUCUCGCUGUUGAUGCAAUCUUGUGGAAGUGUCAAUUCCCACAUAUAACUGUAAUGUUCUAAGAUUUGGUGGUUGUAAUUAAAAUGCUACAACAUUUUCACUAGCUGACACAUUCUAGAAUAUGUCUUAUCAGUAAAUUGUUGAAUCGGCUGAACUGUAACCGGAUUUCUAGCUUAUCAUGUCUAGCAUGAUUUUAGCAUGAGAGCUAUCAAUUGUAGCGAAAGGACUGAUAAUAUGCUUCAGCAACAUAUCUGAGUGCUUCCGAUUUCGCAGUGAUUAUGGUAUAUCUUGAAAUGUCCUGUUCUGUUAUUUCAGCAUGAAUUAAUUACUUUAGAAACACUAGCACGAUGAAACUGCAGACUUCUAAUUUCUGGUACUCUGUUGUCCGCAGUUUGCAAACUUAACAAGCGCUAAACGACAACAGGCUUCGACCCUUAUAUAGUUGGUGAUGUGGUUCACUAGCUUAAGCGCUUAGCUUUCAACCAAUGGUUCCUGGGUUCAUACCCACCCUGGACGACCAGAUAUUAUCAUGCUCCGUCGCAUAGUAACUAUGGCUUGUAGCGUAGUAGAUUAACCUGGAUCGGAUUGAGUCAUUGCAUAUUAUUUUCAUAUCAUUAAGUUGGUGUAACUGACUAUUUGCUUCAUAUUUCAGGACAACUCUAUUGAUGACGAAGACGACGAUGACGAAACUGAUGAUGAAGAAACCUUGGAACUGUUUGAUACACAAAUGGACAAGCCUGAAUGUGAUAUGGAUGAGUACGUUACUUUUUACCGAGUGAUGACGGACUUGGAACAGUCUGAUUUUGUGUGGUAUGGUCAGUUGAUCAACCACCUUACUGAACAACAGCAGAAAGAUCUCAAAGAAGUCGUGGAGACAGCUCUAAAAUGUAUUCAACAGAAAGAGUCCAAAAUGAUUGAGCAAGCAGGAGGAUACGCUUUCUCACCAGUUAUUCCUAGCAGUUUUGAAUUUGGAUCAUCCAAUGAACAGUCAAAAUGAUUCAAGGUCUCACUUCAUCACUUUUGUGUAUAGUUUAAAAAACGAGAGUGUAUUUCAAUUUUCAAGUUCAUUUUCUCAAAAAUCACUUAACUGUGAACAGCAAGCAAUGUGUUUAUCCAUAUUACCUACAUCCACCGGGUAAUCUUGUUUCUUCUUUCAGGUCGCCCAGAAAUGUACACAUUUAGACUUCACUGUUUGUGCUCUGAGUUUGUUUUCAAACGAUCUCGAAGUGUAUUCGUUUUUUUGCGAAAUCUAGAAUUAUCUUUCUCCAUUACUGCAAACACUUGUCUUCUCCUGCGGACUAUUAUUUUAAUUGUUUGAUAUAGUUGUGGUUUCUUGCCUGGUUUUUUGGAGUUACUGACUUUUGAACAAUAUUGAUUGUGUAAAAUUCCUGGUGAAUAGUCUCUUACCUUUCAGGAAUUUUUUGAUUGUUAUUUUUGGACCUCCCUGAGACUUACUGUCCUCUUUUAUUCUACUGAUUUGAAAAAGUGAUCUAAUUAUUAUGUACUAAUGAAAAGUGGAUAAAUAUUAUUCUUCCUCGCUCUCUUGACAUGGAAUCUCCUAGAUGUUUAAUAAUGAUGAAAUGCCUUGAUUUGCCAAAGUCUUUUGUCCAUCUCAUUGAUAAUAUUAAGUAACAUUUUGUGUCGUACCUACAUCUUUUUGAAGUAAACUUGGAUCUUGUGACCUCUUUGACUGACUCAAAGCAGAUUUAAUUGUUGAAAUGGUCCGAGAAUCUAUCUGUGUUUGAUGUGUCGAAAAUUAGUAGUUAAGUAUAUUUUAGAGUGUCUGUAACUGUGAUUAACUAUGUUUAUAUGAUAUUAAUUAUAUGAGUAGUUAGUCAUGUGAAAUAGCGACUUUAUCAUUCGACUUCCAACCAAUGGGUUCUUAAUUAAAAUCGCUUCCCUAUC